UGGACAGGGAGGAGCCAAACAAGGGGGACGAUCAAUUUAACGCGAGGGGGUGGCUGAAAUUUCACCCUGGUUUCAAUAGAUUCUGUGGCCAAAAUAGAGAAAUUCGCCUGCCUGCCUUGGCUUCGACUGACACUGGUUACAUUUCAUCACCUCGUCUACGAAGGGAGGCCAGGUCAGGAUGAACGGUGACUCAGGUGCCGGUGUGGUGACUGCCCACCCUCCUGCCACUGCCCCUCACAAGGAGCGCUACUUCGACCGGGUGGUGGACGAAAGCAGCCCCGAGUACCAGCGCGAGAGGAAUAUGGCGCCCGCCCUGCGCCAGGACUUCAACAUGAUGGAGCAGAAGAAGCGGGUCUCCAUGAUACUGCAGAGCCCGUUGUUCUGCGAUGAGCUAGAGUCCAUGAUCCAAGAUCAGCUGAAGAAGGGCAAGACGCCCACCAGCCUGCUGGCGCUGCAACAGAUUGCUGACUUCAUGACUACCAGCAUGCCCUCCAUGUAUCCCGCCGUGCCCCAGGGGGGUAUGGCAGCGCUCAACAUGAGUUUGGGUAUGGUGACUCCGGUGAACGAUUUGCGCGGCUCGGAUUCCAUCUCGUAUGACAAAGGCGAGAAGCUUCUCAGAUGCAAGCUGGCGGCCUUCUACCGGCUCAGCGACCUGUUUGGCUGGUCGCAACUCAUCUAUAACCAUCUCACAGUAAGGGUGAGCUCAGACCAAGAGCGUUUCCUUAUUGUCCCUUUGGGGCUCCUGUAUAGCGAAGUCACCGCAUCCAGCCUGGUGAAGCUUGACCUCUCGGGUGAGAUUGUGGAUCGGGGAAGCACCAAUCUUGGUGUCAACAGGGCCGGCUUCAAUCUGCACGCCGGCAUCUAUGCCACGCGGCCAGAUGUCAAGUGCAUUGUCCAUAUACACACGGCUGCAGGUGCAGCGGUGUCUGCUAUGAAAUGCGGCCUGCUACCCAUUUCCCCUGAGGCUCUUGCCCUCGGCGAGGUGGCCUACCACGACUACCAAGGUAUACUGGUGGAUGAUGAGGAAUGCGGCAUCAUCCAAAAGAACUUGGGCAAAAACGCCAAGGUACUCAUUUUGAGGAACCAUGGCUUGGUGUCUGUGGGCGAAACUGUGGAGGAAGCAUUCUAUUACAUCCACAACCUGGUCAAUGCCUGUGAGAUUCAGGUGCGAACGCUGGCCAGCGCUGGAGGCCCAGAUAACCUGGUGUUGCUUGACCCGGGCAAGUACAAGUCCCGUCCUCGCGUUCCCGAGCCUGCCGGCGACGGGUCCUCUGCCCAGCUCAAGUGGCUUGUCGGGGAGCAAGAGUUUGAGGCGCUCAUGCGAAUGCUCGACAACCUGGGCUAUAGGACCGGCUAUCCUUACCGCUGUCCAGCACUGCGAGACAAAGGUAAAAAGUACAGUGAUGUGGAGAACGCUCACUCUGCCGGUUACUCUUACGGCGAGGACAGCGAUUCGGGUGCUCGCUCCCCAAUGAAACACAGCUUCCAGCGCGGCCAGCGCGACAAGACCCGCUGGCUCAAUGCUGGCGGUCGGCCCGAUGAGCCCGGCGAGGACGGGCCCGAUGGCGGCAGCCCCAAGUCGAAGCCUAAGGUGUGGACGAACAUAACACAUGAUCACGUCAAACCCUUGCUGCAGUCUCUCUCGUCCGGUGUCUGCGUGCCAAGCUGUAUAACCAACUGCUUGUGGACUAAAGAAGACGGUUUGCGACAGGCCGCCGUGGCCAAUCAGUUCAUCCCGAUGAACACCAAUCCCAAAGAAGUGCAGGAAAUGAGGAAUAAGAUCCGUGAGCAGAAUCUGCAGGACAUUAAGACUGCGGGACCUCAGUCUCAGGUUCUGUGCGCUGGCUCGGUGGUGGAGCGCAACUUUCAGCAGGGGGAGCUGGUGACCGCAUCCAAGGCAAUCAUCGAGAAGGAGUACCAGCCCAAGGUGAUCGUAAGCAAGCAGGGGCCAAACCCGUUCAACAAGCUCACCGACCAAGAGCUGGACGAGUAUCGCCGGGAAGUAGAGCUGAAGCAAAAAGGACCCGAAGUGCAGGAACAAGGUGAUGUUAAGGCCGCACUCUCCUCUGAGCUGGAAAGGGUAGCGACGGUUCAAGCACCCGAAUCCACUCCUGUGCCCUCUGCAACCGGCACAGGAACAGCAUCCGGGCAGGGCCCCUCGACCCUCGGCCUCACCGAUGCGGUCAAACCGGACUCCCCCCAUGAGGAGUUCCACUGCGCUGUGCUGCGAGCCCUCAGCAAGGAGCCGCUGGAGGUGAAUCAGGCUGAAGGUAUAUUAGAGCAACUAGCGGAACCUGAGGAAGAGGAGGAGGCCAAAGAGCCAAAGGCCACUUGUACGCCGCCCAGCACUCCAGUUAGAGCAGAGGAAGAGACCUUGCCGGAGUCUAUGUUUAAGGACGACAGCGACGCCGCCACCCUGAGACAGACCCUGCCCGACUUAACCCCUGACUCCGACGCACCGGCACUUCCUGUCGAGGACUCCGACGGCUUCCCCGCCUCUGCCGGUGCAGAACUCGUUGAUGACGGCGAGGAACCCGCCGUGGCUGACGCAGAAGGCGACGACUCACCCAGCAAGUCCCCCUCCAAAAAGAAAAAGAAAUUCCGCACUCCUUCCUUCCUGAAGAAGAACAAAAAGAAGCCAGAGUCCUAAAUACAACCUUCCUCAUGCUUUUAUCACCUUUGUUUUAACACCACUCCUAGCUAUCUUUUUAACCUUUAAUCUUCGUUGAGCACGUGCCAAUUUUGUAUAGUGUAAAAAAAAAAAAAAAAAAAAAAAUUAAAAUAAAAUUUAAAAAUGUCAUUAUUUACCGUAUGAUGCACCGUCUUUGUCCACUCUGCUGGCUUUUUUUUUUUUUUUUUUUUUUUUUAAAUGCAUUUUUAAUAAGAAGCACCCAGUGGAAGCAAAGUGAAAUAUUGUAACCAGAAGAAUGUAUUGGGAUUGUAUAACAAUAUGAAGUGUCUUUUAAGAACAAAAUCAAGUGAAUUCAGAAAGAAUUCGUGUCAAUGUUAAAAUCGCAAAAAGUGACUAAUUUAGCGGCCGUGGCUAACGUAUACGAGCUAAUUAACAAUGUGUCAGCUAUGGGCCCAAUUCCAAUGGUUGCUUUGCUAUGAAAGAAUGUGUACAAAGACAAACAUUGAUUUUUUUUUUUUUUUUUUUUUUUUGUCAACUUUCUGAAUAUUACAUCUUAUUUUGUCGCACGAUGUAGAAGAUCCAUAGUUAGCUUGCUGUGAGAGAGCACUGUGAAUCUUACAUUUUUGUUUGUUUGUUUUGUUUUGGUCUUUAACUACACUCAGCAAACUAUUUUAUGUUUUUGCUUUAUAGGUCAUGUAUGUGCUGUUAAAAAAAAAAAAAGACUCCCGCUUUAAAGAUAUCGUACUGACUCCUGACAGUUUGCUUCCCUGCGCAUUUCCACGCGAGUUAUUAGCAUUGUUAGCAUUUGCUUCAUUAAAAUUAAUUGCUGUAUGUAAUUGAAGCUUUUGAUUACAAGGACAUAAGUCAGACGUUCCCUCUUUGCCAUAACAGCUAAACUUCUGGUGUACUAAAACCCGUCUGGAUGGAUUUGUUUUUAAGGUUAUACCAUACAAAUACCAGUAAAUGUGUUCAUUGGCUUUUUAAUAAAGCUACACUAAAGUAAAA